CGCUCUCCUCCAGCUGUCGUCCUAAAUUAGCUGAGCUCAGUGAAAGAAGAGCCGUUUUCGACUGACCCCUUCUGCUCCCUGAAGCUCCAGCCGUCCGUGACACCCAAAUGCUGCCUGUCUUUCAUCAAACUGCUCGCUCCUGAAGAAAAAAAAUGGACUUGGAGUAAAAAGGGGGGCCCUGAAUGCGGGGCUGACUCCCUUUAAGACCACUAGUUGAGAUAGCUGGGUGACCUAUGACAAUGUAACCGAUAAGGGGACUCGAGUUCUUGGUUUCCCAUGCAGGAUAUGAGGUUUUUUGAGCCGUGGGAUUCAACCAUAAAUUGAACCUUCCAUUGCUCCUCUAACGUCAUGCAGUCGUCGGAGGAAUUGUUUAGCAGGAAGCUGAAAGCAUUGAACGGGAGUAUGGGACAUCCAGCGGCCAACGCGCAGAGCAAGCCGGAAGUGGGUGGUAAAUCCAAUGGGACGCCUGCCAUGCCUAAAAUGGGGGUGCGAGCUAGGGUGACCGAUUGGCCCCCGAAAAAGGAGGGUUGGGGACCCAACUUUGAGGCCUUCCAGAAUGGACAGCCUGAUCAAAAUGUGGAGUUUACAGAUUUAAGCGAGGAGCACGAUACUAAAUAUUCCCUCAAUGACCUUCUAAGUCGGUCUCCUUUAAAGGGACUUCAUCCCAUUCGCCAAAGGAGUAACAGUGAUGUGACUAUCAGUGAUAUUGAUGCUGAGGAUAUAAUGGACCAGAACGCAGUCAACCCAAACACUGGCGCCUCAUUACAUCGGGAAUAUGGCAGUACGUCCUCUAUUGACCGACAGGGACUUGGGAACGAUGGAUUCUUUACAAUGUUACGAGGAUAUCGGAUUGAUCAUUUGGAUCAUCGAAGCGCCCCACCGGUUGGUUUCCCAGAACUCCUCCGCUAUGAUACUGCGCUCUCUCCAAGCCUCCAGACCGCUGCUCAGAUAUCCCGAGGAGAGAUUGUUCAUAUUUCAGGCUACGACUAUGUGGACAGCUCUCUCCUCUACAGCCGAGAAAGAGAAAAGUCCUUCAUGCGUCGUCUGAAGUCGGAAUCAUCCGAGACUUCGCUGUUCAGAAAGUUGAGGACUAUAAAGAGCGAGAACGAUGCUUUGAGGCUCUCCACAGAGCAGGAGGACCGCCGACCUCUUAGCUUUCAGAAAUGCUUCGCUCAUUAUGAUGUCCAGAGCGUGCUUUUUAACAUCAGCGAAGCAGUGGCCAAUCGGAUAAGCCUCAGCCAGAGGAAAAACACCACCACUGGAGCUUCUGCCGCCUCCCAGUACCAAGUUCCAGGAGCGGGGCAAGUUUGCGGGAAUAUUACAGCACCUACAUCAAUGUUUGAAUCACCAAUGGGAAGUCGGGAAGAUCUCAAUCCCAAGGAGAAUCUAGAUGCGGAUGAAGGGGAUGGGAAAAGCAAUGGAUUGGUGCUCAAUUGUCCGCAUUUUCGUAAUGAAAUUGGUGGCGAAGGGGAGAGGAGGAUUUCUCUCUCCAGGGCCAAUAGCACCAGCUACACGGCUGGAGGAGAAAAUUGUUCAUUCGAGUCUUCAUUGAGCUCCCACUGUACCAAUGCUGGCGUGUCUGUACUGGAGGUGCCGAGAGAAAGCCAAGCGAUCCACCGCGAAAAGGUCAAGCGGUACAUCAUCGAGCACAUCGACCUGGGAGCGUAUUAUUACCACAAAUACUUCUACGGCAGAGAGCACCAGAACUACUUUGGCGUAGAUGAGAACUUGGGUCCGGUGGCCAUCAGCGUCCGCAGAGAGAAACUAGAUGAUGGGAAGGACAAAGAUGCGGCGCAGUAUAACUAUCGCAUUACCUUCAGGACCAGUCAGUUGACCACCCUGCGCGGGGCGAUUCUGGAGGAUGCCGUUUCCUCCACGGCGAGGCACGGGACGGCACGCGGGCUCCCGCUGAAGGAGGUGCUGGAGUAUGUGGUGCCGGAGCUGAACAUCCAGUGUCUCCGACUGGCCCUCAACUCUCCCAGAGUCCCAGAGCAGCUGCUUAAAUUGGAUGAGCAGGGGCUGAGUUUCCAGCAUAAAGUUGGCGUUCUGUACUGUAAAGCGGCUCAAAGCACAGAAGAGGAGAUGUACAAUAAUGAGAACGCAGGAGCGCCGCUGGACGAGUUUCUGGAUCUGCUUGGUCAGAGAGUUCGGCUGAAGGGAUUCACCAAAUACAGAGCUCAGCUGGACAACAAGACGGACUCGACCGGCACUCAUUCUCUCUACACCACAUAUAAAGACUAUGAGCUGAUGUUCCACGUCUCCACACUCCUGCCCUACACUCCAAACAACAGACAGCAGCUGCUCAGAAAGAGACACAUAGGAAAUGACAUCGUCACCAUCGUGUUUCAGGAGCCUGGUGCCUUGCCCUUCACUCCCAAAAACAUCCGCUCGCAUUUCCAACACGUGUUCGUCAUCGUUAAAGUGCACAAUCCCUGCACUGAGAACGUCUGCUACAGUGUUGCAGUUUCCAGAUCAAAAGACGUGCCUCCAUUCGGCCCUCCGAUUCCCAAAGGCGUGACUUUUCCCAAAUCAGCCGUGUUCAGGGACUUCCUCCUGGCCAAGGUGAUCAACGGCGAAAACGCGGCACAUAAAUCUGAGAAGUUUCGCGCCAUGGCCACCCGAACGCGACAGGAGUAUCUAAAGGACCUGGCGGAGAACUUUGUGAGCACGACUACUGUGGAUUCAGCUGUAAAGUUCAGCUUCAUCACUCUCGGAGCUAAAAAGAAGGAGCGGGUUAAACCACGGAAAGACGCUCAUCUGCAGAGUAACGGCGCGGUGACGUGGAGCGUGGUGGCCAGAGAUUUCGGCCAAUCAACAGACGUUGAGUGUCUGCUGGGAAUCUCCAAUGAGUUCAUUGUGUUGGUGGAGGAAGAGUCCAAAAACGUGAUCUUCAACUGCUCCUGUCGGGACGUGAUCGGAUGGUCGUCUGGAGUCAUGAGCAUCAAGAUCUUCUACGAGCGCGGAGAGUGUGUGAUGUUUUCGGCACACGAUAACUGUGGGGAGGACAUCCGGGAGAUCGUACAGAGGCUGGAGAUUGUGACACGCGGCUGUGAGACCACUGAAAUGACGCUGCGCAGGAACGGCCUCGGACAGCUGGGCUUCCAUGUGAACUUUGAGGGCAUCGUGGCGGAUGUGGAGCCGUUCGGGUAUGCCUGGAAGGCCGGUCUGCGGCAGGGCAGUCGGCUGGUGGAGAUCUGCAAGGUGGCAGUGGCGACGCUCACCCACGAGCAGAUGAUCGACCUGCUCAGAACAUCCAUCUCUGUGAAGGUGGUCAUCAUCCAGCCGUAUGAGGACGGAGCUCCCAGAAGGGGUUGUUCGGAGCUCUACCGCAUCCCCAUGGUGGAGUAUAAGCUGGACAGUGAAGGGACGCCCUGCGAGUACAAGACGCCCUUUAAGAGGAACACCACAUGGCACCGUGUGCCCAGCAGCGGGCAGGCUGUACCUCGCGGGUCUCCCACGCAAGGACCCGAACGCCCUGCCGGCCAGCAGCUCCAGAGCGGGCAGAGUGGCAUCCCUCGCAGUACCUCCUUCGACAGAAAACUGCCCGACGGACACAGGAACGUUCAGGAUGUAGAAAACCCUCAGAUGUCGUCGUGUAGUAAAACAGAGGCGUCUCAGCAUUACCGCAGUUCACCCAGUAACCAGUCGUCCUCUAGUGAUCCAGGACCCUGCGGCAGUGCCAGCUGGAGCCAGCAGCACCCACCAUACGAUGGGUGUCAGUCUCCUGUUCUCCACGAGCGCUCGGCUGAAGCACAGGGCAUGAUGGGAGAUGGAGAGAUGCUGAGAGAGAGAGAGCCCACACUGGAGAGAACACGCUCCGCAGAGGCAAAGUGGCACGUUCCCUCAACCAAGAUCCUCAACUCUCUGAAAGAAAGAGGAAAGGACUCUCCAAACAAGUUGACACGGCAGGGCGGCGAUAAGAACUCCAGCCACUCCAGCAGCAACACUUUGUCCAGCAACGCCUCCAGCAGUAACAGUGAUGAGAAGCACUUCGGCUCCGGUGACCUGAUGGAUCCUGAGAUGCUGGGUCUCACAUACAUCAAAGGAGCGUCCACAGACAGCGGGAUUGACACCGCUCCCUGCAGCAUGACUCCAGGGGGCGCCAGUGCUCCAGCAUCCCGCGUCAUGCUGCAGGGCCGGGGCGCAUCUGAUCCGGGGCACCCCUGGACGCCCGAGCUGACAGAAGAAGGGCCUACAGAAGAGGACCACAACAGGUUAUACCUUCCCCAAAGCUACGCCGCGGCUCUGGCCACCGGACACAACCCUGCAGAUGGCAGUAUGGGAGACCUGAGCGAGAUUUCCUCUCAUUCUAGUGGCUCCCACCACUCCAGCAGCCCGUUACCCCACAGCUCUCAGCUCACUUCCCGUCCUGAAUGCCCCGAAGCCCAGAGCGCCCCCUUCAGUAGCCAGGAGCCCGGGCCCAGCAUUGACCUGCACACACGCAGCCAACAUCAGAGGACCGAUGACAAACCCAUCCCGGACGAGCCCCCAUAUCAGUCAGAGUAUGGGCAGCUGUACGCCGCUGAGACGUCAUGUCGACUGCAGGACAGAGGACGAGACAAGCUCAAGGACGCAGCACUGAAGCCGAGUGUGUCCAAAGAGGAGUACAUGAAGAUGAUGGAGCCGCAGAGCCCUGCGGGAGAGAGGAAGGCAUCAGCAGUGGGAAGCCUUUCCCCUCGACGUUCACUGUACCGCACACUGUCAGACGAGAGUGUGUGCAGCAGCAACAAAAAGGGCUCGUCGUACGCCAGCUCACGGAGCUCCAUGCUGGACCAGGCCAUGCCAAACGACAUCCUGUUCAGCAGCACUCCAGCCUACCACAGCACACUACCCCCCCGCAUCAGCCUCAGCCAGACCACAUCCAACCUCAAGAAUGAGUUCUGGUUCUCUGACGGCUCUCUCGCCGACCGGGCCAAGUUCAGUGACCCGGGCCUCAUGCCUCUGCCAGACACGGCCAGCGGACUCGACUGGUCACACCUCGUGGAUGCAGCCAGAGCUUUCGAAGACCAGCGUGUGGCCUCGUUCUGCACCAUGACAGACAUGCAGAGAGCAGAAGCACUGCAGAUUUCUCGAGAACUCACUAGACGUGUGGCGGCGGCUGAAGGAGCAGCGCUGGAGUCUGGAGAUACGUCUCCUGCCACAUUGACCGGCAAAGUCAACCAGCUGGAGGUGAUCCUGAGACAGCUGCAGUACGACCUCAAGAAGGAGAAGGAGGAUAAGGCAAUCCUGCAGGUGGAGGUGCAGCAUCUGCGUCAGGAUAACAUGCGUCUGCAGGAAGAGAGUCAGACCGCUGCCGCGCAGCUCCGCAAGUUCACAGACUGGUUCUUCCACACCAUAGACAAGAAGCCUUGAUGGAGACCAAGAAUAUCAGCCGUAUCUGUGGAAUGUAAGUAGAUACUGGAGAAUGUGCUAAACCGGGGUCCUGGAGGCGGAUUAUGAAUGUAGCGCUGCAAGACUUUUCAUCUUCUGCCUCAGACAUAUAAAGCGGUACCUUCUUCACUCUCCUCACGUCCGCAGUUUUAGUGUCCCGAAUCUGCAAUAAUCCGUGGCAGAAACGCUGGUGUUUGCGCCGAGAGCCUCCGGUCAAUGGUUGUGUAUUUAACACUGUUAUUUAAGCUUAUUUAACCUGAUUUUCUGGACUGCAUCAGGCUUGUUGAAGGCCUUACUGUGACGGCUGUAGCUUCGCCAGGACUGCACCUGAAAUCAGAGAUAUAUUGAUUGAUUAUUGAUGAGGAUUUUGUGUCUGGUCUCCCUCAUUCCAACAUUUGGAUGCUGCUAGAUCAACACGUUGUUGGUUUGUACGCUUUUACAAGAUGUGUUUCUCUGUAAAUGGGUUUCAUGUAAAGAUGCGACGUUACUUGGUUGGUUGCUUCUUUUUUUUUUUUUAAAUAAAUGUAGUAUGUAAAAUGA